AGCCUGCACAUCCCUCGGCCGGGGCUUUGCUCCACGCUGGGGUCCAGCUUGGCCGGACCCCCUCCCAGUGGAAAAGCCUUGCCAGCUGGGGAAGGCUGGGAGGGCAGAGAGAGCCUCGGCAAGGCAGCAGAUAAAGAGUGCGGAGGAGGAGAAGAAGGAAUUUCAGGGCGGCCAGCGUCCGUGAGACGUGCGGCACAGGCACCCACCCGCUGGGACCCUGCCCAAGGAUUUGGCCCUCAGUCCACGGAGUCCAUCAUGCUGCACCCUUGUUUGAAGACAUCUCUCUGGCUUCUCAUCCUCACCAGUCUGCUGCAAGUAACGUCUGGGGGCAGCGGGCUGCGUGUAGAACCUGGAGACACCGAGCUUGUCCUCGACCUUCACAGCAGCUUCUCCCUCCUGUGCUAUGGGGACAGGGAGCUGGUCUGGGAACGGGAGGGUCAGCCCCUGGCUGCCUCCCUGGAGAAGAGGGAUGGUGUCUUCAUCAGCAACGUCACCCUGAGGAACGUGACAGGCCGGCACACGGGCGAGUACGCCUGCACCUACAGCCCCGAGCAGGCUGCAGAGCCUGGGGAGAGGAGAGCCCUCUACAUCUACGUCCCAGAUCCCUCCCUAGUCUUCCUCCCCACAACCACUUCUGAAGAGCUCUUCAUCUUCAUCACGGGCUACACAGAGGCCAUCAUCCCGUGCCGUGUGACCAACCCAGAGAUGCAGGUGACCCUCUAUGAGAAAAAGGUGGAAACUCCCAUCCCAGCUGCUUACGACCCGCAACAGGGAUUCAAAGGCUUCUUUGAGGACAAGACCUAUUUCUGCCGGACAAUUGUGGAUGACCAGGAGGUGGAUUCAGACACCUUCUAUGUCUACAGGAUCCAGGUCUCAUCUGUGAACGUCUCCAUCAGCGCGGUGCAGACCAUGGUGCGCCAGGGAGAAAACGUCACCCUGAUGUGCACCGUGAGCGGCAACGAGCUGGUCAACUUCAACUGGGAUUACCCUCGCAAGCAGGCAGGGAAGACUGUGGAGCCAGUGACUGACUUCCUGCCUGGAUCUACCCAUGAGAUCCGCUCCAUCCUCAUCAUCCAGAACGCAGAGCUGGAGGACAGUGGGACCUAUGUCUGCAAUGUCUCUGAGGGCUACCAUGAGAAAACAGACCGGAAGGACAUCACAGUCCAUGUGAUUGAGCGUGGCUUUGUGCGCUUCCACACCAACCUGCCCAGCACAGUCUACGCUGAGAUCCACAAGAGCCACACCAUCCAGGUGGAGAUGGAGGCAUACCCACAACCCAGCAUUGUGUGGCUGAAGAACAACAAGACGUUGACCAUGGAGAGCAGCAGUGAGUUCACCAUCACCAGCAGGAACCUGUCUGAAACUAGGUACCAAACAGCUCUGGUGCUGGUGCGGGUGAAGCAGGAAGAAGGAGGAUUUUAUACCAUUCGAGCUUCCAAUGAGGAUGAUGAACAGGAACUCUCUUUCCAGCUGCAGAUAAAUGUGCCAGCCAAAGUGGUGGAUCUCAAGGAGAACAGCAGUGCCAGCAGCGGGGAGCAGACAGUGACAUGUUCUGCGGAAGGCAUGCCCCAGCCAGAGAUCAGCUGGUCUACUUGCAGCGACAUCAAAUGGUGCGGCGCCGCGGGGCAGCCCAGCCUGCUGCUGGGGAACGAGUCCGCCGAGGUCGCUCUGCAGACCAACGCCUCCUACCACGCCGAGCGGCAGCUGUACCGCGUCAACAGCACCCUGCAGCUGCACAGGCUGGACGAGCCCCUGCUCCUCAGGUGCACCGUGCGCAACUUCCUGGGCACCAGCUCGCAGGACAUCACUCUGGUCCCGCACGCCUUGCCAUUCAAGGUGGUCAUCAUCUCCGUCAUCCUGGCCUUGCUGGUCCUCACUGUCAUCUCCUUGAUCAUCCUGAUCGUCUUGUGGCAGAAGAAGCCUCGCUAUGAAAUCCGCUGGAAGGUGAUCGAGUCGGUCAGCUCCGACGGGCACGAGUACAUCUACGUGGAUCCCAUGCAGCUCCCCUACGACUCCACCUGGGAGGUGCCCAGGGACAAGCUGGUGCUAGGACGCACUCUUGGCUCUGGUGCCUUUGGACGCGUGGUGGAGGCAACAGCUCAUGGUCUGAGUCAUUCACAGUCCACCAUGAAAGUGGCAGUCAAAAUGCUCAAGUCCACUGCCCGAAGCAGUGAGAAGCAAGCCCUCAUGUCCGAGCUGAAGAUCAUGAGCCACCUAGGACCUCACCUCAACAUUGUCAACUUGCUGGGGGCCUGCACCAAAGGAGGGCCCAUCUACAUCAUCACGGAGUACUGCCGCUACGGGGACCUGGUGGACUACCUGCACCGCAACAAGCACACCUUCCUGCAGUCCUGCGGGGACAAGGCUCGCACGGACACCCAGCUCUACGGCAACGCCCCCAAGCAGGACCACGGGCAGAGCCACCUCUCCUUGUCUGUCGAGAGCGAUGGGGGCUACAUGGACAUGAGCAAGGAUGACUCCCUGGAUUACGUGCCCAUGUCUGACAUGAAGGGAGAAGUCAGGUACGCCGACAUCGACUCCUCCAACUACGGCACCCCCUACGAGCUGGACACCUAUGCCCCUCCAGCUCCUGACAGAACAGACAGGAUGACGCUGAUAAACGAGUCUCCACUCCUCAGCUACAUGGACUUGGUGGGCUUCAGCUUCCAGGUGGCCAAUGGGAUGGAGUUCCUGGCUUCCAAAAAUUGUGUGCAUCGUGACCUGGCUGCCAGGAAUGUCCUCAUCUGUGAGGGGAAGCUGGUGAAGAUCUGUGACUUUGGCCUGGCGAGGGACAUCAUGAGGGACUCCAACUACAUCUCCAAAGGCAGCACCUUCUUGCCCCUUAAGUGGAUGGCUCCAGAGAGCAUCUUCAACAACCUCUACACCACCCUGAGCGAUGUGUGGUCCUUUGGGAUUCUCCUCUGGGAGAUAUUCACUCUAGGGGGGACUCCAUACCCUGAACUGCCCAUGAAUGAACAGUUCUACAACGCCAUCAAACGUGGCUAUCGGAUGUCCAAACCCACCCAUGCCUCUGAGGAAAUCUAUGAUAUCAUGCAGAAGUGCUGGGAGGAGAAGUUUGAGAUCAGGCCAUCCUUCUCACAGCUGGUGGUGCUGAUGGGAAACCUUCUGGUGGAUUGCUACAGAAAGAGGUACCAGCAGGUGGAUGAAGAGUUCAUGAAGAGCGACCACCCUGCCGUUGUCCGCACAAGACCCAUCGUCCCCGGGCUGAACAAUGCCAGGCUCAAUGCCAGCUCCCCCAGCAGCAGCAUCCUCUACACAGCUGUGCACCAAGACGGGGGCGAGAACGACUACAUCAUCCCUCUGCCCGACCCCAAACCCGAGGCAAGCUGCGACCUCCCGCAGGAGCCCUCCAUCAGCCGCACCAGCUCUGUGCUGAAUGAAGCCAACACAUCAUCUACCAUAUCCUGUGACAGCCCUCUGGGCCUCCAGCAGGACGAGGAGCAGGAAUCCGACCCACAGCCAGGCUGCCAGGAGCCAACCACAGGGCACCAAGAGGUGGAGGAGAGUUUCCUGUAGUCAGAGAUGGGCUGACUCUGCAUCUCCCCACGGAGAGGCCAGCUGAGGGCCUGACCCAGACAUCAGAGAGAGCCAUGCUUUGCACUCCUACAUCAGGACAUCCUCACCUGGCCCAGCACUCCGCCUUCCCUCCUGUGUCCCAGUGCUGGCUGGGGAAUCAAAGACUUCUCCCCACUGCCAUCCCCUGUCUCCUUACAAAGAGGUGGCUCAGUGCCAGCAACCUUCCAGAUCACUGCCACAUCCUCCUCAGUGAUCAAACCACUGCAGGAGGGAGACAUCUCACAGACCAACAUCUUCUUUCCAAGUGGAAGACGUGGGCUGCGCCUCCGCAGGGGACACCGCUUUCUGCGUGGCUAAGGUGAUCCUCCAGGCUCUUCCCUCCCCAGGGCAAUGAGUUUCAUCUCCUCUGCACCAGCACUUCUCUGAUGGUCACAGCAUCACCGUGGUUCUGUGAAAUCCCACCAGGACAGGUGGUUUACUUGGAGCCCAUUGCUGGGGUGCAGAGAGACUGCAACACCAACCUUCAGCUGCUGGAGGCCAAGAGCACGUUGGGAAGGUUCUCCAAGCACAGCCAAGCCCUGGAGAGCCCAGAGACACCAAACCACCCUUUUCCUCUCCUGGACAGCUCUUCUCUGGUGGACAGAGCAUCAUAAGCACUACAGGUACCCAUGGCUCUGGGGCACAGCUCUGCACCCACCUAGAGGGGCUGUCACGCCCUGAACCCUUUUAUGCCAAGCAGGGCACCAGGAGCCCCAAGGGCAUGCCAGGAACUCAAAAUGCUCUCACAAUGACUCUGCUGUAGUAGCAAAGAGGGCAGUGCAGUGUUGUUUGUGUCGUUUGUGUGGACACUAAGCUAAUUAUUCUCCAUUGCAGAUUUAAAGGGAACAAAUAUAUUAAUCCACUAGCCAGGGCCAGUAUAUGGAAGCUGUUCAUUAAUCCACUGCCACUAAGCCCAGCUCAUUUGCUGGGAGAUCACACACAUAACCCCACCAGCUGCCUUCCCUCUGGGAAGCAAGGGCUCCCAACCACCCUUUUUCAGGAUGGAAGGUCUCCCCAAUUCCCCUCCUGAGUCACAGCAAAACUAAGGGUUCUAUAAGGAUUUCGAACCACCAACCCAGGGACAUCUCAAAAGAAAGAGAGGGAGAGAAGCUGGGAAGCAGUUUGGUCACAGCUGAACUGUAUCUCACACCUUACCAAUUCUCGGGGCCAGGCAUAGCCACUUGCAGCCUGUGAGGGCUGGGGAUGAGGUGUCCUGAGGUUCCAAGCAAAGCAAGAGGAACCAGAGAGGAUUCCUCCCUCUUGGAAAAUGUUGUGAAGAAUAAAAGGGCAGAGACAAUCCUCCUGCUUCCCACCUCCUUCCUCAUUUCUCACAGUCAGGCCUGGGACUUCUCAUGCUCUCGUUUGGCACUUGAAUGAGGAGACUGAAGGCAGGAGCAACACCAGGCUUUGGAAGCCAGUUGUGAACCCACCUCUGCAGAGGUGGAAGCUGCAAAACCUGCAGGCCUGCCACCACAGAAACCGGCAGGGUGUGUUUCUGAAAGGAGAGGUUUCUUCUUCCACCCAGCUCCUUUCACUGCAUGCCCCCACUCCCAUUAACCCCUUCCUUGCCCUACUCACACACACAUCUCUCUCUGCAUCCUACAAACUCUGCACAGGCAGGUUGUCCAAUUCAGAAAUUCAAGCAGCAUCUUGCUCUGCUCUUACCCUCCUGAAAGGAGAAGUUUCUCCUUGCACAGAGCUCUGUUCACUGCAUGCCCCUACUCCCUUUAACCCCUUCCUUGCCAUACUCAUGCACAUCUCUCUCUGCAUCUCACAAACACUGCAUAGGAAGCUUUACCAAGUCAGAAAUUCAAGCAGCAUCUUGCUGUGCUCUUACCCUCCUGAAAGGAGAAGUUUCUCCUUGCACAGAGCUCUGUUCACUGCAUGCCCCUACUCCCUUUAACCCCUUCCUUGCCAUACUCAUGCACAUCUCUCUCUGCAUCUCACAAACACUGCAUAGGAAGCUUUGCCAAGUCAGAAAUUCAAGCAGUUUCUUGCUGGGCUUCUGCCAUCUGAGAGCCACUGAGACUUUGUUGGGUUUGUUGGUUUUUUUUUUGCAUCAUUUUUUUCCCCAAAUUCUGAAAGUUCUGCCAGAAAUCCCCAGCAAAACAGCUUCUGUUUGAAGUUGUCUAUCAUUGCAGUGCUGCCAUUUCUGCUGCUGAAAGAGGAGUAGGUGUUUCGUGGGCUGAUGUCCUUGGUAAAAUGUGAACAUAAGAAAUAGCACUUUUAUUGGCAGCUAGGGGAGUGUAUUUUCAGCCCAUGGUCAGAUUCCCCAGCAUCCAGAGGGAGCACACUGUGAAUGGCAACUAUUUUUCCAUGCUCUUUUCCUCCUGCUUGCAGUGAAGAAGCCAUUUUCUGUGGCCACAGUUGAUGAAAUCCAUGGGGAAGCAGUAACUUUUGAAUCAUAGAAUCAACCAGGUUGGAAGAGACCUCCAAGAUCAUCCAGGCCAACCUAGCACCCAGCCCUAGAUAAUCAACCAGACCAUGGCACUAAGUGCCACAUCCAGGCUUUGCCUGAGCACCUCCAGGCACAGCAACUCCACCACCUCCCUGGGCAGCCCAUUCCAAUGCCAAUCACUCUCUCUGCCAACAACUUCCUCCUAACAUCCAGCCUAGACCUCCCCUGGUACAACUUGAGGCUGUAUCCUCUUGUUCUGUGGCUGGUUGCCUGGGAGAAGAGCCCAACCCCACCUGGAUACAGCUUCAGGUAGUAGUAGACAGCAAUGAGGUCUGCCCUGAGCCUCCUCUUGUCUUCUUGAGAUCCAUGGGAUCAGAUGUCUUUAUUUUUGUUACAUGUAAGGUGCUUGGUAGGAUCCAUGUUACUGCAGCUUGAGACCAUAGAAUUCCACUGCAUUGGAAUGGACUACCCAGGGAGGUGGUUGAGUCACUAACCCUGGGUGUGUUUAGAAGUCAUUUGGAUGUGGUGCUUGGGGACAUGGUUUAGGGUGAACCUUGUAGAAUAGAGUUGUUGGUGAUCCUGAGGGGCUUUUCCAACCUGGAUGUCUCUGUCAGUCUGACCCUAACAUCCUCUGUCUGCACCAGCUCCAUUUCUGACUUGUCCUUCUCUAUCAAAGGUGACCAGAAAUACUCAGCACUUUGUGUAAGGUAGAAUCUAGACCUCAUAGAUGGCACUGAUAGCUCUGCUCUGUUCUGGAUUUGACUUGCCUGCUGUAGCUUUGGGUAGUGUUGGCUUUGCCCCAGCCACAACAUGCUGGUAGUUUCGAGUCAUCCUCUGACCAAUCCAUGCACUUGUGUCUUGCUACCCUUCCAGCAUUUCUAACUGAGAUACUCCCUGCUGUUCCAGACAUUGGGUCAUCAGCACAUUUCAUCAACAAGCUGUUAUUUUUGGGCUGGACCAACUAAUAAAAAGAUGAACUAAUGCUAGAAUCAAGAGCAGCUCUGGAGAGCUCCUUCUGCUACCUCCAUCCAGCCCAAAGACUUCCCCAGCAAUUCACUUUUUCUCACCUUCCCUUUGGCCACUUAUUUGCAGCACAAAUUCAGCACUAAACUCCAUCUUGCACAGAUUAAUUGCUCACUAAAUUGAUCAUUUACCACUAUUAAAUUGUUUCCACAGUCCUGAAAGGGGAGAUCUGUUUCUCCUCCCUGCUGGUGGAGCUCAGGUGUCCUAUUAGCUGGGCAUUAGCCUUGCAUGCCUGUGGCAUUUUGCCUCACUUGUAGAUUUAUUGCAGUUAUUCUGUGCAUCAGCACCUCUUGUGCCUACUGGCAGGGUGCUAUCCCCACCUCCCUCUUCCUUCUUCAAGUAGGUACUCCAGGCUCUUUGCAAAGUGGUACUGUUCUCCCCUCCAGAGAGAUAUGACCAAAUACUUGCCUUUGGCCCUGUGACUGCAAGGGUCAAGUCUUGCACUUUGUGGUAUUUUCCUGUCCCUACUCAACUGUUCCCAUCACCACCUAGUGAGGGUGUGCAGACCUGCUGCAGAGACCAGGACUUCCCAGCCAGGGAUGAGUUGGCAGCUGGGCAUAGCCAACAAGUUUUGCUAAGCAGCCCUGAAACUCUCUUCCCAGAGAGGGCUUGGCAGGGCAAAGGCUUACAACAGCACCCAGACAAGCUCUGUCUGCUCAGGGAGCCAGCUCCAGCCUCCUCUCCCUCUCUGCUGCUGUUGUUCCAGUCCCUGGGUGGCCCAGCAGGUGAGGGCCAGGAGAAAUGGUCAGCAGGGCCAAUCAGGCUUGGAACUAUAAAUUCUCCUGUGAGGCUCUGAAGGAACCAGUCCCUCUGGGUUUUAUUUUAGUUUUGAUGAUCAGCAUUUUUGUUUGAGUGUGUUCUUAUGUUUAGAGGUGGACCCAAACUGAGCCCCCCCACCCCCCUGCAAAGAAGGCUACAGCUUGGGCCCAUCUCUAGUGCAAUAUCUUUUAUUUGUAGAUGAUAUUUUACUCUGCAGCUGUUACACGGUUAUCAGCACCACUAUAAGCAUAAUCCUACUGCCAGUCACUAGUCCAUACCUGCCUAAGUGUAUCCCUGAAACUAAUGGGACACUCUGGUGUCUCUUUCCAUGCAUUAAGAUGCUCCUCAGACUGAUGUGUGCACAGGUUUUCAUCCUUCUGUCCUUCUUGGUUUGAGAGUAUCUCCUUUAGUGUCUGUUUGUGUCUUGUUCAGAAGUGGACUUUACUCCUAACCAGGCUGUCUCUGUUUGCCUGACAAAGAGAGGACCACGGUGAAGUUCCCACGGGGAUGGGAGGCAGAAGUGCAGUUGCAGAUGUGCAGCCAGAAGGAAGUCAGCCAGAAGAGAGAAACAGUUCUUCUUCUUCCCAGUCAGGGCACUGGGCUGAGAGACAGCACCAGAAGCACAGGUCACUGGGCAGAGGGUUAGCUUUUGGCUGUGAGGAAGCCCAAGGGCUGGCUGGGUAAAGCUGGGCAGAUGUGGAGAAGGGGAUUUCACAGAUGUCUCCUCCUGGGGGCUCUUUCUAAAACAAGAUGUCAGCUAACAUGCUAAGGAGGCAGACUCCAUGCUUCAAGGUGAGGAAGGGCUCUGCUUGGGCUCAGAGCUUAGCUUAGCUCCCAGGACUGCUGUGGCCAGCUCUCCCUGCCGGGUCUCCCAUGGACAGGAGAGCAGUGGGCUGCCCAGCCUGGCUCACUUGGAGAACAUGAAGUUUGGCCUUUGGCAGCCUUUGCCCCAGGAUGGUUGCACAGGCAGAGAGCAGCCAAGGCAGCUGCAGGUCCUGGCUGGGCCCUGGGCAGCUCCCGGGCCAUGCACAGGUCCUUCCUGCAGCAGACCUCAGCCCUGUCUGGCUGCUGAGUGAGCAGCACUGCCUGUGACUAUGGAGGCACCAAGCUGUCUGCAGGACUUGCUCAUGGCAGGCCAAGGAGUGUUAAAAACCAAAUUUCAUGGGCCAGUAUUGCUGGACUCCAAGCAUAAUUCCCAUGUGUCACCCAGGGGCCUGAAGCCUCUGGCACAUGCCAAGGCGGAUCCAGUCGGCUCUGGCGAAGGCAGGGGAACUGCUCCAGCGUAGCUUAAGUAGCCCUUUGAAGAGAUGAUCCUUGCAGGGGUGGCAGGAGGCAGGGAAGCCAGCUCAUGCUUGGAAGCCUGCAGGGUCCCAUCUUUCCUAUCCUUUCCUCCUUCAUGGAUUGCAUCAGAACUGCCUUUUGCCCUCUCCUCCUCCUGCUGUGCUGGCUUGCUGGCAUCACGCUGCCACUCUGCAGCAUCUCUGCCCACAAGCAGCACCUGCUCCCGUGCUGCCUGCCAGAAACCAUCCCGAGGGCAAAGGAAAAACGGAGUUCAGACCAAGGUACCAAAGAGUUAACAUUUCCCUAGGUGUACAGAUGUCUUUGUAGCAUUUGUCCUGUGUCACUUCUGUAGCCACGAGGUACUAUUUUUUAUGCUGUAAACUUUUGCAAGUGCAUUUUUAAAGACAGAGUUUAAAAAAAUAAAGGUGUUCUUCUUUUUUGCAAA